CGAGGCAUGCAUACAAAAAUACCUUCGCAGUUAUUCAAUCAUUGUUUUUGUUUGUAACAAAUUCAACAAUUUUUUUUUGUCAUUCUCUAUCCCUCAAAUCGAUUGGAGAAAUCACUAUGUGCCAUUGGAAAAUGUAGUCCAUUCAGUCAAAUUAAAAGUUAUACGAAAAUUUAAUCGCUAAUCAUAUCAGAAUUUAAAUACAAACAAAAUAAAUAAAACCAAGCAAUUUUAAUGUGAAUACAGUGUAGAAAAGAUGGUUUCCAGGAGGAAGGUGUUGUUGGUGUUUUGUGCAGCUACUGGUGCCUUUUCGCUGCUUUGCGUCUGGUCCUAUUUCAUUCGAAUGGAAAAAUUCUAUUGGGAAGCGAAAACAACCGAAUAUGCCGCGUACGACCACGCAGAAGCAGCUGCACUCAAAUCACACGAAACUAACUCAUUCGAUGAUAAUUUAAUUGUAAUUUACAAUCGUGUCCCGAAAACGGGCUCCACUAGUUUCAUUAAUUUAGCUUAUGAUUUGUGCAAGAAAAAUCACUUCUAUGUACUGCACAUUAACAUCACCGCCAAUAUGCAUGUCUUAUCACUCAAUAACCAACUUAGCUUUGCGCGUAACAUAAGCGCUUGGAGUGAAAUGAAACCAGCGCUGUAUCACGGCCAUAUGGCUUAUCUGGACUUUUCAAAGUAAGUAUUUAUUUGUAGAUUCAACGAGCAAACAGUGAAUGGUUCAAGUGUUCAGCGGAAAUGUUCGAACCCAAGUGAUAAAGUCGAUAUUCAUUUUGGUUUUACGAGGGAAAUCUGGCAAAGAAAAAAUUUUGGUCGAAAAAUUUUCAAUCAGCGUGUUCAAACAAAUUCUCUUUCUUUCUGUACUUUGGAUGUAGUACAGAGCUCAACGGAUUUUCCGCUUCUACGAUUUCAAAAUAUUUGCCAAGCAAAUCGGUUUCAAUUUCUAUGCAACAGCAAUUGAAAUCGCAUUUCUGCUCUCCGUAUGUGACUGAACUCAAGUUCAACAUGCCCAUUAUGUUGUACAUUGUCGCAUUUUGUUUACUUGUUUACAAUGCAAAAAGUAAAUAAACAUCCAUCCAUCUGACCAUUGUACUGUACAGCAUCAUUAGACAACUGAAAGUAAUGAGAUAAACUGUGAACACACUCACUAAUCUCAAAUAUGGUUCGAAAGCGGAUUCAAGAUACUAUUCUCAAAACAACCUAUUGUUUUCGUCUCCUGGAUAAGUUCAUAUAUCAUGUAUUCUUAAUGUGCAAUUAAAUUGAAGGCAAAAGCAACGACAAAAUACAUGCAUUUGAAUUUAAUUGGUUUUUAAAAAGUAUUUCACCAGAAACCCACAGGCCAUUUUAUCGCAUAACAUCUGAAACGUGACAAUAAGCAAUUGUAGAAUCUUCAGCGUCAUGACAAAAAUUUCCGAGAAUUGAAUGCGACUCUUCAUAGUAUGCGAUGAGUGAAUCAUAGAAGAACUCGCAAGCGACCUUUGUAUCCAUAUGAAUAAAUAUAUUCAAAUUAAUGAUCUAUUGUUUUCG